GAACCGUCGUCCAGGAAAGCUUCAAUUCGCUCGAGAUAAUUUUGUAAACAUUUUUCGAGCGUCAGUUGUGUUUGCUAGUGUUGUUUUAAUUUCAAAAAAGAAUCGAAUGGUAGUGUUUAUUCGGAUUUGUUUCGUAGACGUGAUUUUUGGCCUUUGUUGAAGGCUAUCAAAAGUUUUACCUAUUACCUCGUCCAUAAAACUCUAGUUUCGUUCCUGUCAGCUUCAGAAGUCAACCAGGCGACUCAAUUUUGUCUCCAAAUUUCGAAGUGUCAACCUGGCGACACCCCCAGAUCGAGUAAAGUCAACCAGGCGGUUUUUUCCAAUUCAGAAGAGGUCAACGUGCACCACGUCUUCGAUCAUUCGUUUUGCAGUCGAGCACACUAAAACGUGCACUAAUCCGACUACAGUGUUCAGAUCGUAGCAAACUCGCGUAUCUGGUGCUGAAAGAAAGAUAAGCAGUAUCUCGUGUGGUAAUUUUGACUCAAAUAAAUUGUUACCAAAAGAAUACGUAUACGUUGUACCUGAAUCUAUUCUGUGACGUUUCAUCUGCGUGGCCAUGUCGUCUGGCGAAGAUCGCCGCCGUUCAUCGAUACAUGAUGAAAAAGCAUAUUAUCAAAAUGUCCAUUCGUCUUCACGUCGUCGUAAGGAAGAGCACCGCUCGCGAUCUGAGAUCAGACGAAAUGACGAAAUUCGUCGUUACGCACGUGAGAUUAAGAAUCUCAAGCAGAAGAUAGAACGAUUGGAGAUGAACAGGUCACCAAAUCGGUCACGUCGCUCGCAGUAUUCGCGACGAGAAAGAAGAUCGCCAAAACAUUCUUCAUCUCGUGAGAGUAGCCAAAGCCAGAAUAGAGACCAGUUCGAGGCGAGCAAGUCCUCAAAUCGUUCUUGUGGUUCGCAAUAUUCACGAAAGAAGACGUCUGUCAGCAAAAGAACGAGUACAGACCGAACACGGGAUCGCAGAAGGAGAUCGCCAAGUCAUCCUUCAUCUCGAAGUAGUAGCCAAAGCCAGGAUAGUUCCUAUAGUCACGAACAUAGAGAACAGUUCAAGACGAGCAAGUCCUUAUAUCGUUCUUGUGGUUCACAAUAUUCACGAAAGGAGACGUCUGUCAGCAAAAGAACGAGUACAGAUCCAACAUACAAACGUAGAACCAGAUCGCGAAGUCGUUCUUCAUCUCGAGAGAGUAACCAAAGCCAACAUCGUUCCCAUAGUCACAAACCUAGAGAACAGUUCGAGGCGAGCAAGUCCUUAAGUCGUUCUUGUGGUUCGCGAUAUUCACGAAAGGAGACGUCUGUCAGCAAAAGAAAAUCUCCCUCUCCUCCUGCCCAUAGGGAGAGACCCAGAAUUCAAUCUGACAAGGCGGCAUCGAAUUCCAAGUCCAGGCACCUGGAAUCACCUGGAAUCGUUGACAAAGAGCAGAAUCGUUACGAAUCCAAGGCCAGACUUGAUCCAGGAAAACUAACCGCUGAUCCUGACAACAAAAGUAGCACUUCCACAAAGGCCACCCCUUCCAAAAAACCAGACCAGAAUGAGCGUCUGGAGUCUGUUGAUCUGCAGAAAUUCCCCUACGAUGAAUUCGAGUUCAUUGGCGAUUCGUUAAGCCACUAUUUGGCCAAUGCUGUACGGAAAACGACAGCACAUGUGAUAAAGCCUUACCUCAAGGAACAAAUAUCCCUCACAGAUCUAUACAAAUCGAUCAAACCAGUUACAUUCACCAAAAGCAAAGCGAUCGUUUCCAUGGCUCAAUUUGAGCUCAAUUUAACCGAUACGUACUACAAGACUGUACAGAAAAAGGUCAAGGAAGUGAUCGACUUGCUGAUUGGGAAAGGUUUUGAUAAAAUCAUCAUCCUGUUUCCAGUCAUCAAACCUGUUGUCGAAAACCAAGAACCGGUGUCUAUGAGCAGCUAUUUUAUGUACAGACAAGCUUUCGAGCUCGUCUGUGAUUAUAAACGAGUCGCCUUAUGGUGGACCCCCGCAGCACUUUUUUUGCAGCUGACGAAAGAUGAAAGAUGCCCUGGAAAAAUGACCUUUGAUCAAGAUGAAGAUGACAAUAUGAUUCCUAUAAAAUGCAAGUUUCAUCACGAUAAGAUCAGCGGAAAAUUCUACCCAGACCGUGACCGAAAACACGAAGUUCUCGUCGAAAUUGAUAAACUGUAUCGUAGCGCGUAUUUUUCGGGUAAACGGCCGGAAAUGGAUUUUGUAGAAGAAUGAAGCCUGUUUUUUGAAUACGUUUGUUUAAAAAUGUAGAAUUUUUAGCGUACGAACCGAAAAAAUGGAUUUUUUGUUCUCGUAAAUUUAGAUUAUUUUUGAUUAUCUUUCGUAUGAUCGUAUGCUGGAAUAUAUUUGCUUUAUUGUUCACGAUCUUGUAUUGUAGGUACCUACUCAAGUGUGUUGUUUAAUUUACCAUCCGUUCGAGUUCCUCAAUAUUUAUAUCGUUUAUUUAAGAUGUAUUCGACAUUUUCCAUUAUGUACGUAGUACGUAUGUACAAUUGUUUUUUGCUACGAAUACAUGAACCGAUCAUUGAAAA